AAACCAUGACAGACAUCAACUCCCAACAGCAGUCCUUCAACAUCCUCGUCCUCGCCGGCGACCACGUCGGGCCCGAGGUAAUGGCCGAGGCCCUCAAAGUCCUCGAGACCAUCGCCCGCGCCCGGCCCAACCUCCACUUCCACCUCACCCACGACCUCGCCGGCGGGUGCAGCAUCAACACCCACGGCACGCCCAUCACGCAGGCCGUCCUGGCCAAGGCAGAGCAGAGCGACGCCGUCCUCUUCGGCAGCGUCGGCGGGCCCGAGUGGGGCGCCGCGUCCGCGCAGAACCCAGAGGCAGGCCUGCUCCGCCUGCGCAGCCACCUCGGCGCCUUUGCGAACCUGCGGCCGUGCGAGUUCUUUGCGCCCUCGACGGUCACCGCGUCGCCGCUCCGCCGCGAGCUGGUCGAGGGCUUGCGGUUUGUCGUCGUGCGGGAGAACUGCGGCGGGGCGUACUUUGGGCCCAAGGUGGAGGCGCAGGACGAGGCGUCGGACCUGUGGGCGUAUACGCGGGAGGAGGUGGAGCGUCUUGCGCGGGUGAGUGCUGCGGUGGCGAGGAUGAUGGGUGGUGGUGGUUCUGGUGGUGAGCCGGCGGUGGUCUGGAGCGCAGACAAGGCGAAUGUGCUGGCCAACAGCCGGCUGUGGAGGCGGGUCACGCAGGAGACGUUUGCGAGGGAGUUUCCAGAGGUGGAGCUGAGGCACCAGCUUGCCGACAGCAUGGCCAUGUUGAUGGUCAAGGACCCCAGGUGCUUCAACGGCGUCAUCCACACCGACAAUACCUUUGGGGACAUCCUCUCGGACAUCUCGGGCGGUCUGACGGGCACGCUGGGCGUGCUGCCGAGCGCGAGCCUCUGUGGCGUCCCUGGCGAGGGGAAGACAUGUAAUGGCAUCUACGAGCCGGUGCACGGGAGCGCGCCCGACAUCUCGGGCCAGGGCAUCGUGAACCCUGUGGCGCAGAUCCUGAGCGUCGCCAUGAUGCUCAGGUAUUCCUUCCUCUUGAGUGAAGAGGCCUCUGCUGUCGAGAAGGCAGUCGCCUUUGUGCUGGACACGGAGGAGAGUGGGGGUUUGGGUAUCAGGACGGCGGACCUUGGGGGCUCCGCAAGCACGAAGCAGGUGGGUGAUGCUAUUUGCACAGCCUUGGAGAAUGUUCUUGGAGAGUCUGGUAAGGGGAUCUAG